UAGAAAGUGAAGCACACGGACCAAUUGUCCACUCCAUUAAACCGCACCAAGAUUCUAUAUUAGUCUCAAAAGCUCACGGACCCUUCCUUCCUUCCUUCUUCACCACCACUCCCGAUUUGGCCACUCAUCUGCUUAUUAUUUUUAUUACUUUGUUCGAAGCCACACAUUCCAUAACAGAUUCAUUGAGGUUUAAUUCCUAAAGAUUGGGAUUCCGAUUGUUUGGGAUAGUUUAAGAUAGAAUUAUGAACUACAAGAACUUCGGGAACCAACCUGCGGCUGCAGCGGAGGUUGGCGGCGGGGGAGCAAGGCCACCGGGGAGCUUCCAUUUAGCUCGACAAGGGUCAAUAUAUUCAUUGACUUUUGACGAGCUACAAAACACUAUGGGUAGUAGUAUCGGUAAAGAUUUCGGGUCUAUGAACAUGGAUGAGCUGCUAAAGAGCAUUUGGAAUGCUGAAGAGGUUCAAACAACGGGGAAUAACGCCGCCAACGGUGUGCAAGAAGGUGGCGGUGGUGACGGUGGAGGGGUUAUACAACGGCAAGGGUCGUUAACCCUUCCGAGAACUUUAAGCCAGAAGACGGUGGAUGAAGUUUGGAAGGAUAUAUCGAAAGAGUUUAAUGGUUUCGGUCAACCGAAUUUGCCACAACGACAGCAGACUUUGGGGGAGAUGACUCUCGAGGAGUUUUUGGUCAAAGCGGGGGUCGUAAGGGAAGAAACUCAAGCUCAACUAGCUAAUAACCCGAAUGAUAACGGGUUGUUUUCGAAUCUAACAAAUUCCCAAAACAGUCCUGGUUUCGGUACUAUAGGGUUUCAACAGGGUGCGAGUAGAAACGCGGUGGUGAACGUGAACGUCAACAACAGCAAUCAGAUUGCGUUUCAGUCGUCUAACUUACCGUUGAACGUUAACGGAGUUAGAUCUACUGCACAGAAUCCGCAACUGUUUCCGAAGCAAACUAAUAUUUCGUAUGGCGCUCCAAUGACGGUACCUAGUAGUAAACCAUUGGGUAGUCCGGUAAUCCGGAACGGGAUCAUGGGUGUGUCGGAUCCGAUGAUGAAUAAUAAUAUCGUUUCUAGCGGUGCGUUACAAGGUGGGGUGGGGGGUAUGGUGGGGUUAGGGGUGCCCGGUGCGGUUGCGGUUACUGUCGGGUCGCCGGCAGUUUCGUCAGACGGAAUGGGGAAGAAUAAUGGAGAUACAUCGUCGGUUUCGCCUUCACCUUAUGAGUUUACUGGGAUUGUAAGGGGUAGAAGAAGCGGGACGGUUGAAAAGGUUGUUGAACGAAGACAGAGACGAAUGAUAAAAAACCGCGAAUCAGCUGCUAGAUCGCGAGCUCGUAAGCAGGCAUACACUAUGGAACUGGAGGCCGAAGUGGCAAAACUGAAAGAACAGAAUCAAGAAUUGAAAAGAAAGGCUGAGAUGAUGGAAAAGCAACAGAAUCAGCAGGUUAUUGAAAUGAUGAGCACACAGCCUGGAGCAAAACGUCGCAAUCUGAGAAGGACACUGUCCGGUCCAUGGUGAAGCUGUGAGGUCCGACAGGGGUAAAAUGGGAAGAAGCUAAUGUAUCUGUACAUAUUUCUUAGAAACAGGUUUUAGAGUUAGAAUUCUGUAAGAUGAAUUUUAAGUUAUUUAAACCCCAUUGUCACAUGAAGCAAAAAGUAGAGGACAAUACAAGGUUAGGUUACAUAUUUGUAGGCAAAACCAGGUUGUUGCCAUGAGUGUUCCAUGUUUUGUCGUUGUGUUUUGUUUUUCAUUGUAGACUAACCGUCAUUGUGAAAGUGGCUUUUGGGCCCACUUUAAUUUGCAAUAAAAGCCAUCAUCUUUUGCCCAA